UGUCAGUUUUCGGAUUUCCAUUGAUUGAUCGUGUAUAUUUUCGUGUUAGUAAAACAUUAUUUUAUAUUAUUAACAAAAUGAAGAAUAAGAACAUUACGUUUCCAAAUCUUUGAUCGACUUAUACUACUCAUAGAAUUUUUAUGAAAAUGGUCUAACAAGUGUGUUGCAAACGCCGGUUGCGAAAAUGUCUGUCCCUGACGAACACGACGAUUUCAUAUUUCGUCCUCAGCUGCAUUUGGAUGCCAAGUGGUUAAAUCCUGACUUACAGGAUGCCCUACAUGAUCCAGAUUCAUUAAGUUCUUUGUUUAAUGGCCUCAUACAGGACAGAGAACUAUAUUUUGACGCCGGAAAUGGACUUGUAAACGGAGCCGGAAUUACAGCGAAACUUGGGGACAGUGGCAAAUAUUAUUGUGGACUUCGGAUCUUGACCUGCACCUGUUGUGAUGGGCUGUGUGGACCACACUCCGGGUGUGCAUGCACCCCCUGCUCUAUUCUCUCAGCUGAGGAGGAACUUCGUCAUGCUCUUCAGUUAAAAAUCAAAGCACCACCACCUUCCAUACAAGUAAUAGAUGACCUCAAGUGGAAACUAGAUCCAGGCCCUGAAUGUCUUAAAAAUCUCAUGGAAUCUCUCAUAUGGGAACAGCGUGUGCGAGCCAUAAACACAGCAGUCAGUUGUCCAUUAAUUUCUCAGAUCCGUCGCUUGAUAGUGCUGUGCUAUAGACAUCUUGUAGCUGUUAUUAGAGAUCAAAAUCACCAUAAGGAAGUAAAAAAGAUCAAAUUAGACAAAAAACCUCCACACGGCGUCAGCAAUAGAGCCCUUAGCAAUGUUGUUAAUACUUUGAACAAACCUGUCGACAUGAGUACUGAUAGUCAAGAAGAUGGAGAGGAGCAGACUGAUGAUACCGAAAACGCAUUCGGCCUCGCUCGCGUCGGUGCUCGAGCCGCACUUCGCCUCGCGUUGUCACUGGUGCGGCGCGCGUGGCGUUGCGGCGAGGACGCGGACGUGUGCUCGGCGCUGCUGCGUGACGCACUGGACGCGGUGCGCGCGCUGCCCGACGCGGCGCUGUUCGCCGGCGCGGGCGCAGCGCAACAAGCGCCGCGUUCGCAGAAGAUAUGGGCGGAGGUCGUGGACAGCGCCGCUAAGUUCCUACAUCAAGUUGUGGCUGGAGAAGUCGGGUGUAAUGUUCCUUUAGGUGAUUGGAGGACGUCACUUUGUGUGUGGGUGGAGUUGUGUGCCCGUCGCGCUGAGCUGCCAGCUUUGUUGAAAGCUGCAGAUGUUUUAGUUACCUUGCCACCGCGUCAGAAAAGGCAGCCAGAUAAUAGGAUAACUCUAGAAGAAUGCACCGCACCGCUUGGACCGUUUCUAAGACGUAUGGCCAAAGUGCCGGCGCCUAAUCCUAUUGUGAACAACGAACCAAUUACUGAAGUCAAUCCUACAGAAAUCUAUCUUAGGGACCUAAGUUUACCGAGCGGCGACGGCUUGAUGGAAGUGAGAAAAGCAGGUAUCGCAUUACUGUGCCACCUAGACCGACUCGGAGCACCUUUGUUGCCUCCUUUGAAAGGAUUUGUUACAUGUACUGAAUCUGCCCAAGAAGUGGUUUCAGUUGGUUCUGGACAUAUCAGCUUGGGAACACUUAGAAUCCAGCAGAUCGCGUGCGCUGAAAAAUUAGCAUUACUGUUGACUCAAGAAGGUGCUGUGUACACAUUCCCUUAUGAUACUAUGACGCCGCACCUCGCACCAGGUCUAGAAAACAAGACAAUAAUUCAAGUGGCGUGCCACGGCAGCGGGCGCCACUUCCUGUGCUGCUCGGAGGACGGGGGCGUAUGGUCGUGGGGCGCCGGCGAGGACGGGCGCCUGGGGCACGGCGACACGGCGCCCCGCGACGCCCCUGCCGCCAUACACCACCUUGCGCACCAUGAGGUCGUCAGGGUCACCGCAGGGACCGCCUGCAGUGCCGUGAUUACAUCCCGCGGCGCUCUAUACACUUGGGGCAAAGGCGCACAAGGCCGACUUGGUCACGGCACUCUGGAGAGCUGUCUCACUCCUCAGCCCGUAUCGUUCAGCGCACAUAACAUCGAGCGAGUCAUCGACGUAGCUUUAGGCUGGGGCGAGGGCCAGACCCUGUGCUGCACGUGGGAGGGCGCGGUGCACGUGUUCGGCGACAGCGAGGGCGGCGCGCCGCGUGCGCUGGCCGCGCUCCGCGUCUCGCGCGUCUACACCGGCGACGGCUGGCACGCCGUGCUCACUGACGGUGGGCAAGUUUAUACGUGGGGAAAAGGUGACGGCUAUCGACUGGGUCAUGGAAAUUUAGAGAGCCUUAAAACACCGAAGUUAUUAGAAGCUCUACAAGACAUCCGCAUCGUGGAGCUGUCGCUGGGCGCGAGCCACGGCGCGGCGCUGUCGGCGGAGGGCGCGCUGUUCGCGUGGGGCACGCACGAGCGCGCGCAGCUGUCCAGGCCCGUGCCGCAGCCGCUGCAAGCGCUCAACCCUUCAUUCAAGGCGCACGGUGUAACAUGUGGUCCUAAUCAAAUCGUAGUAUGGAGCCAAGAAAGUCCUAGAGAUCUCCCGUCUUCCAUGCCAUUCGUUAUAGAUUUAUCUGAUAGCACUUUUAAGUUUUUAGAAAGGCUGUUAAGGAUAGUAGUGGAACAAAGUAAUUCAUCACCUAUCCAGGAAACAGAAUGCAUAGCCAUUGCUUGUUUGAAUCUCCUACGGUUACAGGUGCACGCAUGGCAAUGUUCUCUCGGCGAAGACAACGACGAAAUCAACGCCAAUGGGGAAAAGCCUUCUUGGUGCAACGGAGUGCAUACCGCUUUAGUAGCAUUGGUUGAAGGGAGAGCGGGGCCGGCCGCCGCAGCCGCGGCUAGACGGGCGUUGGCUGCGGCUUGGCCGCUGUUGUUACCAACGCCGCAGAUACGGGCGCACCAUCUCAUUGCGCUGUUACCGCAAGGUGCAGUGCCGGCUAGUGCGGGAGCUAGAUUCAUGACAGAACUCCUGGUGUGGUCGCUCCUGGGCGGCGGCGGGCUACGCGAAGCGUUGCAGAACGCUUUGCAAGUCAAUCUCUCUGAUGCGUACAAUCAUUUGCAGUUGGAUAUAGAUUAUGACCAAGUUGACAUCAUAACUGGUCAAAAAGGACCGCGUUCUACCACUUCAGGGGAGAAUGGCGAAAACGUACCUGGGUGCCCUGAAGAAUACCAGUUGAAUAAUACAGCAAUAUCCGACAAGGGCGCUUCGGUCCCUCUCAUGCAUUUGGUAAAGCAUCUGAUCCGCAAUACUAGCUGUCAAACUCAGAUGCUCAUAAGCGCGAUAAUGAACGGUGAUACGAGCAAGACUGACGACCCUAAAGGACAUGACACGGUCAGUCCGAGCUGUGAUCUGCUUAUUCGGUUUCAAAGACUUUUAUUUUGCGAAGGCAUGUGGACACGAGGCGGGCGGAGCACCCGCGGCGGAGUCAGAGCCCUACUCACAGAAUACAUAGCCAUGUUGUCGGAACAUGUUCAAUCCACGCUGUCUUCAUUCACGAGAUCGGUUCAUAGAGCGGAUAACACGCAACUUGAGGCACUGUGUGACUUGAUUUCUGCUGAUAUUGUUGGUCGUGUUGUGAGCGAAUUAGGUGCCUGGACGAACGCGUGCGCAGCGCGAACGCCCGGUGCUUUAGCUGACGCUACCAGUUCCUUGGUUAAGAUCGCCAGGGCUUGUGACGACGCAGCCAAAGUGCUGCCUACUGCGAUUAGGCUAGACGCCGAUGUCCUAGGCUGGCCUGGAUUGGUGGCCAAGACUAAGCCACAGAACAAUAGUGUUAUACGCAAGUGUGACAUCCAAAACCACACAAAGGAAGGUGGCUCGUGGAUUAUUAUAUCUGGCUACGUGUACGACGUCGAAAAUUUUGAUUGCGCAAGCGCAAGUACAGUGGAACUAGUACGGAAACUGCGCGGUUGCGACGCGACGGCUGCUUUGAGUGUGGAACCUCACGCGGCGUAUCUGUCACGCGUCACUGAGAAAUGUGUCGGACUGUACGCCAGUCAGAUGUAUGCUCAUCAGUGUACUGAAAGUGAGUCGAGCCUCCGAGCCCAUCACGUGUUAUCGUCAUGCGCGUUCAACAUAGCGCUGGGAAUCAGUCAGUGCGGCGUGCGGCUGGCGCGGGCGCUGCCCACACAACAAGCUGAGCGGGACGCCGCGCCGUACGCCGCUGCGGUUUUCUUGAGAGGGGGCUUGCAGGUCUCGCAACUAACAAAUCCGUUCGAAGAAGAGAAAGCCGAGGCCCGCAGCGGGUCGUCCACCGGCGGCAACAGCCCCGCCAGCGAAGCCCCGCCGGCCCGCGCCAGGCCUCCGCCCCGCGUCCACUUGAACAAUGUACCAAAUAGCACCGGUAGUACUGCGGCGGCUCAACGCGCGGACCAACUGUUAUUUGCCCUCGCCGAGCCUAAACUACAUGACCCUCUUGCCCUACACCUCUGGUGGGCGUGCGAGAGGCGAGAAGGUUGCGCUCCACAUUUCCCUCCGGAACACCCAUUAGAAGAGUUGCGGCGCGCAAUGUUGGCAGCUCUGCUGUUCCAGGCUGGACUCAAGGAACAUGCUUUGGCCACUGCGAUUGCCGAGAUGGAGAAAGGUGAAGUGAAGCUAUCGCCAGCUAUGUCGGAAAUAGUCAAAGCGGUGCAGCAAAGCAAAUGGACGUUGAUGAGGACCAGGCAGCAGUUGUCGCGAGGUUACAAAGAGGUCUGCGCAGCGCCGUUAGAACGAGCCCGUUUCCUCCUACACGAGGUUCGCGCGGCGGUGUCGCCCGCAGUUUCGGCGCUACGCAACCGACCGCCGUCGCGACGGCCGCCGACCGCGAAGAGAAUCUUCCAGAAAGUCAUGCGAGCGUCUAAGACUCCUAGCUUUAAUAAAUGUUUCGAAACCACCAAAGAUCUGAGAAAUAGACAAAAUAGCCUGAGCAAAAGCAUGUUUAAAGCAACGGGAAGUUUGUUACAAGGCGACGCAUUGUUGAUUAAAUCAUCUAUUGCCAACUGCAGUAAAACUCCUGAAGACAUUCCACCCAGUAUUAUAGUAGAGCAUCACAGAACCCAUUCUAAUAUAGAGGCAGCUGGUGACUCUAAAGAAUUAGCUAAUCAGCAAACGAAAUUAAUGUUGAAAAUAAAAGACAAACCCCUCGAAAAAGAUCUAAAGAAUGCGUCAAAUGACGACGAUAUGAGAAACGAAGGUCGAAGCGAUCUGAAGCUUCCAAACCUCGCAGAGAAAGAAGAUAUUUUAGACAAAGAUCAUGAUGACAAAACGCCCACAAACGAAAUCUCAAUUAGUUCGAUAAACGAUAUGACUGAUAAUUCUAUUCUGAAAGAAUCUAUGGAGAGUGAGAAACAGGUGAUGCUGCUCGCUGAUGAUCUCAAAACUGAUCUCAUUAUGGCUGAUGAAGAAAAGGAUGAUGAUAAUUCUGAAAGGAAUAAGUUUGUGAAUGCUUGGGUUUCAAGACUGGCAUGUGAAGAAAAAGAUUUGUAUUGGCUUUUGGAAGAAGUGACACCAGAACAGCAAAGUUUGACUACUGCGGUUAUAGAUUUCAUUAUGACUGAAGAUCCUUGUGAUAUUGAUAUACUAAGAAGAGCACUGUAUUGCCAGGUACAAAGAGCUGAAAUGAGAAAAACAGGAUACAACAUGAUAAAUACGAUAUUACAUUCCUCUCAAACUAUGUCUGAAAGUGUAAAAUACGCAGCUUUAUCAGGUCUGUUGGGUAUCUCUAUGGCCUCUUCAGUUCCCAGUGUACCUGUGAAACCUACUAUUCCAUUGAUUCCACCUUUAAACGGGAUCGAAUCUGUGAUACCUUACUCGAAAUACAUGGUGCUUCUAGAAAGAGCGAAACUUAUAGACUUUGUUCUAAUAGAGUUAAAAGCUAGAGUAUUGGAAGGGGAGCAUACGCAAGCGCUCCCGUUAAAGAUGAGUGCUAAUUACGGAGCACAUGCGUUGUUGAAUCGUCCCGCAAGAGCAAGAUUUCUAAUAACAUUAUUAUCCCUCCUUAUUGAGGGUUGCCAAGGGCCGGAAUUAGAACAACUUAUAAAUGGUGGUGCUCUGAGCUCUUGCCUUACACUAUUGAAACAAAUAGGCGGAGACACAUUGCAACAUUGUUCUCUAAUUUUCCAUGGACUGAAAGCCAAAUCGGAUUGUUUAAUCAUUUACGAAGAUGAAAGACUUGGUGCUCGUGCAAAAGGCGCUUCACUUUCAGGACCUGAACUUGCUUCAUUGAUGAAGAUUGGUACUAGAGUUGUUAGAGGGAAGGACUGGAAAUGGGGCGAUCAGGACGGAGUGCCUGGCGGAGAAGGUCGUGUAAUAGGUGAGCUAGGUGAAGACGGAUGGGUGCGUGUAGCAUGGGACGCUGGCGGCACUAACUCGUAUCGAAUGGGGAAGGAGGGGAAAUAUGACCUUAAGCUAGCACGGUCCCCUUCACCCCCUCCGUCUGUGGAUGAGACUGUACAUGGGACAGUAGUGGACAACAACAUAGAAUGGUGGCCAGUGAGCGAAGUCCGGGCGGCUUGUACUGGGGCCAUCCGGGCGAUGUGCGCGGCCGCCGGCGCGGGGACCUCGCUGGCGCCGCACUCGCGCCCCGGGACUGUGGCGAGGAGGAAUGUCGCUGCGUUACAGAGGAGAUUGUUGACACUGGCGCAUGCGCACGCUACGCCACCGCCUACGGCCUUCGCUGCGCAUUAUCACACCGCUUUGGCGUUGCUUAGAGCGAGCGCUCAAAGCCCAGAGAUGAGGAUAUCUUUAUGCACGGAUUCGUGGUUCGAACUCUGCUACAGUAUUAUUUCCGCAACAGAUAAACCUAUUUGUCAAGAUUUAAUUUAUCUCCAAAUCCAAUCACUAUGGCUGCUUCGAAGGGUUUUGGUAGAACACAGUGGACCUACUGAAUGGCGACGUACUGUCGGUGCGCAAUUGUUAGCUCUGAUUGGCCGAUUGUGGUUGGAAACCCAUUCGUCUGAUCCUGCGCUCAGGCCGAAUCAUUUGGCUGUUACACCUAAUAUGGAUGAAGAAGAAGUCGACAACAGAUGGCGUGCCCCCGCUACUGCCAGUUACACGGGCGGCACUUGCGCCGCGUUGGUACAACUAGUGCGGCAGCUUCACACUGCUCCACAGUGGCAUACUCCUAUUACUACGUUGUUGCUGGACAAACUUCAGCUUGCUGCUCAAAUGAUAACCAGCGAUUGGCAUUGGUGGCCGCACACUAGUCAAGAUUUAACGCAAACGAGUAAACCAAUGCCACCUACGCUUGAUACUUGUUUAAUAGCUGGUGCCUUGGGAGUUGUGGGUGGAGUGGAAUGGAGGAUACGGCUUGGGCAGCGAGUAUCAGCUGGUUCUCCUCCGAAAAACGCGAUCGUCACGCAAAUGUCGCAAAGGGCAAAAAUCACGUUGGUUCACGAUGAUAAUUCUACAACUAAGACUGAGUUAAGUGGCAUACAGAGUGUAGAGCCGGAUCGCCUGAGUCUCCCGCUGGGCGGCGGAGAGAGCGCGUUGCGUGUUUGCGCUGCGUUGCUCGGCGCCGGCCCGCAAGCCAAGCCGAUGCAUCCACACCAUUUACCUGCGGAUAUAGACGUCUAUGGACUGAGGAAGCAACAGAUGGAGCUAUUGACUCUAUGCGCAGUUCGAGGGUUGCUUACAACACGGACGCGUCUAAGAAAGGUUCUAAUGCAGCCGCCUGAUAAUGCCAGUACUUUGGAACGUGGAACUAGUCUCGGCACAGAAGGAACUCUGCUUCGACGACUACUGGCCUUAGCCACUCGGCCGAGCCCACUCGCCGCCUCGCAUACUCCUCGAGAAUUGGCAGCUGCGGCCGUCACUAUUAUUCAGCAGUUGGCUGCUCAUGUCAACGGUGACGAAAAAGAGCACGAUACUCAACCAGACUUACCUAUAAUAGACAAGAGUAAUGUAAUGCAACUUUCACAUGGACCAUCGACGAGUACGGCGUCCUUGUCGCGCAAAGAUCUUAACACUUGGGCAAAUUCAUCGCAAGUGCAACAAGUUAUUGAAAUGGGGUUUUCAAGACACGCUGUGUAUGCAGCGAUACAAGCUUUAGGUGGUACUAGUUUACCUUCAGUAGAAUCACUAGUAGCAUAUUUACUAGAGCUACCGCAACAAGGCAUGGAGGACACAGUGUUCGAAAUCAAACCUCACUCCUCAAAGAUCGAGAAGAAGCAGACGCCGUACAGAUGGCGCAGUUGUUUCGCAUCCGAAGACGAGUACGCUCAAUAUUUGUCUGAUGUCAUAACUCCUGGGAUGACAGUACGGUGUUGCAAAGCAUAUGAAUGUGUUGCACUUGGCGAUGUCGGUCAGGUACAGAAAGUGGAAAGGGAUAUAAAACAAAAUGUCUUCCUCCAUGUUGAAUGGCGUGGUUUGGGUCGUAUAUUCGGUGUACGCGCAGUUCAUGCUGAGGUCGUAUCAGGAGGGCCGCCGUUUGCGCCCGGCGAUCGUGUGAGAGUGCGAGCCGCAGUGACGCAACCGCGUUAUAAAUGGGGCUGUAUAGACCACAGCAGCGUGGGCACUGUUACUGCAAUAUCAACCAACGGCCGCGAUUUGACAGUGGACUUCCCACAACAACCUGGUUGGACGGGACAAGUCAGUGAAAUGGAACUAGUCACCGAUCAAUCGGAAUGGGGUGAAAGUGCUGGAGGAACGGCAGUAGGUUGGCGCGGGGCAGUGCGCGCGGUGCGAGUAUCCUCUUGUAGGCCGGGGGCCGGCGCUCGGAGGCUGCUGGACUCGCAACCUCACACCUACUGGCAGAGCUCCAGCGGCACCGGCCAGCAUUGGAUCCGCGUAGAAAUGCGUUGCGGCGUGCGCGUGCGCCGCCUCGGGCUAGGAGUGGCAGGUGGGAUUCAUGGCGCCGCAGCAUUAGCCGUUCGCGCCGGCGCCAGCUUUGAAGACGCGGCGCUCGCGCCUCUGGCCGCGGUACCGUGUACACCGGCGCCGGCGCAUUCAAGAGAUAGACCGCCGACGCAUUUGGCUCAGAUACAGCUGCUGGCGGACUGCAAGCAGUAUUACCCGUGCAUUGAAAUUGGUAUAAAACAAAAUCGCAACGUAAAUGCCGACUGUCGAGUCCAUGGUCUGUACAUCACUGGCUUCAGACCAAAUCCUCUCUAUAAUGAUGUUCUUAUGAGCAUGAAUUUUGUAGCUGAAGAUUGGAUGGAAAAAGACAAUCCUACUGGAGCAGUUUCUGCUGACAAUAAUCCUCCUUCUUUGCCUACUGAUUGCCCAAAGGUUUUUGUAUGGGGUCUGAAUGAUAAAGACCAAUUGGGUGGCGUGAAAGGCUCCAAAGUAAAAGUGCCCGUAUUUUCUCCCAGCCUCAGCGCUCUAAGACCCGUUCACAUCGCUGGCGGCUCUAAAACGCUAUUCAUCGUAUCCCAUGAUGGAAAAUUGUAUGCCUGUGGCGAGGGCACUAAUGGUCGUCUCGGGCUCGGACAUAGCAACAACGUGUCAAGCCCACGAGCCAAUCCAUACUUGUCGCACGUUUUGGUGCGUCGUGUGGCUGUGCAUUCUGGAGGGAAACAUGCGUUGGCUCUCACUGCUGAUGGGAAGGUUUAUUCGUGGGGCGAAGGCGAAGACGGUAAACUAGGGCACGGAAACCGCCUUACACUAGAAACUCCACGCCUUAUUGAAUCCCUUUCUGGUGAAAGAGUCGUGGGGAUAGCAUGCGGAUCCGCGCAUAGCGCAUGCGUUACGGCUAGAGGACAUCUGUAUACGUGGGGAAUGGGAGAAUAUGGCCGACUAGGUCAUGGGGACGAUACUACGCAGCUGUUGCCCAAAAUGGUGGAAGCUCUAUCAAGUUUGCGAGUGAUACAGGUUGCGUGUGGAUCACGUGACGCGCAAACGUUGGCACUUACGGCUUGUGGGAAAGUAUUCUCGUGGGGCGAUGGAGAUUUUGGAAAAUUAGGAGGUCGUGGUGGAUCCGACGGCUGCGCUGUGCCAAUGAACAUCGAGAGAUUGAACACCCUAGGUGUGGUUCAAGUGGAAUGCGGAGCACAGUUCAGUUUAGCACUGACAAGGGACGGGGAGGUGUGGACUUGGGGCAAAGGCGACUAUUUCCGGUUGGGUCACGGCUGUGAUGCUCACGUCCGGAGGCCUACCUUAGUAGAAGCUUUACGAGGAAGAAGAGUUGUACAUGUUGCAGUCGGUGCUUUGCACUGUUUAGCUGUCACCAGUGAUCAUCAGGUGUGGGCAUGGGGUGACAACGACCACGGCCAACAAGGGAACGGGACAACCUGCGUGAACCGCCGGCCAGCGCUAGUAGCUGGAGUCGAAGGCGUUCAACGAGCAGCUGCAGGGUCUUCGCACUCGGCCGCCUGGUCUUUGAGACCUUCUGUUUUACAAAAUGAUACACGAACACCGCAUAUUGCUCCGUUUGCAUUUCCCACGCCGAAAGACCCGCUUGGCGCGCAGAGCUUAGGCUUAUAUACAGAAGACCCCGUAGUAGAAGAGCCGCAGAGCCCGCGUCCGUCGCUGGCGGCCGCAGCGCUCUCACUGGAGCCACCGGUGGCUGUCCAACACGCGCUUUCGCUUAUUCUUCUCGCACUUCAUAUAGCGCAAGCGCGGAGUCUACUAGUAGAAUCCCUGAAAGCGCACGAGGCGUGCUCGGCUGCGGCGCCCGUGACCGCGGCGCUGGACACCGAGGACGAGGACGCUGAAGGAGACGCCCGCACCGGUGGGGGCGAAGCCCCGGCUGACAGAGCUACUUUACCGAGUGGUGCAAGCAGCCCUCUCAGCGGAUCAGUGUCCUCUCGACACUCCGCCGUGAUGUCAUCAAGUGCGGUGUCGGUGGCCGCUGCGACCAUGACUGUACAACAAGCGGAAGCGCCUAAAAUGACACUAGACGACUUCACGUCCCAACUGGGAGAGUCAGACGCGAGAGCGCUGGUGGACCUCCUCAAGUUAGCCGCGGCGGGCAGGAUCCCCGACGCGAACAUUGCUGUUAAGAUUAUCACCGAUGUUUUGAUGGCUUUAUGCGCCAGCAAGCCGGCCGUAGCAGACAUGGUGGUGGAAGUUUGUGUGUGUGAACUGGAGGAGGCGGCGGCCGGCGCUGGCGUGUCCCCCCCGCACCCCGUCACUGUGGACAGCCCGCACCCCUACGCUGAUGAUACUCACAUCUCAGGCGUAGUGAAGAUCCCCGGCGCGUCGUCUCUCCGCGUGGUGUUCGAGCAGGGUUGCUCCACUGAGCGCCGCAACGACCCGCUCACGAUCUCCGACGCUACGGGCCGAGUGCUGGCCACUCGCUCGGGCAGGGAGCCCGCUGACUGGGCGCAAGAGAUCCUAGUGCAAGGUGACGAACUACGUUGGAGAUUCACAAGUGAUGGUUCAGUUAACGGAUGGGGCUGGAGGUUCACGGCUCAUCCAAUACUCCCAACCCAUUCAGUUGCUGAGAGUGGUUCAGACCGAUAUGUGCUAUCGUGUCCAUCUGUAGAACUAGCGUGGCGUUUGUUGGACGGCCCGCUGCUGGCGGCCAUAUCGAACGAUCACCAACUGGCGCCCAGGUUGGCCCAAGCGUUAGCCAUAUGUGCGCAAAUGCCGACUUUGUCAUGGCGGGGUCGAGUCUGGUGCGUCCGUCGUUUGCGCGGAGUGGUGUGCGGCCGCGGAGGCAGCGGCGACGCCGGCAUCGGGCCCCCGCCCGCCCUACAUCAUCUGCCGCAGCUGCUGCAAACCCAGUACGAACACGAGGAGCCCGCGCUCAGAUCCGGAACACAUUUGAUGCAUACGCAUUAUCUUAAGGAACUAGCCUGGCUAGCAUGCGGCCUACGCAUGGACACGCGCGUCUGCAACGGGCCCGAAGCGGGCCGUUGGACGUGGUUCAAGAAAUAUUGUCUAUGCAUUCGCACGGCCGACGCUCUCAUUCGCCGAGUGCAAAUGCCCAUGACCUUCCUAGCCGAUGUCCGGAAGCGGUUGUCCGAUUUGGGCGUCUAUAACGUGGAAGAGAGUAGCACAGAUGCUCAGUACCCGUGGGAGGAUAAUACCAAAUUCACACGGCAGCAUGAUGAGCAGUUGCUGCAUUGGGUUAAUAAACGUCCCGAAGACUGGACGGGCUGGUGGAACGGCAGUACCCGCGGUUGCGCGGUGUACGGCUGGGGCCACAACCACCGGGGCCAGCUCGGCGGGGUGGAGGGGGCCAAGGUCAGGACCCCCACCCCUUGCCUCGCCCUCGCGGCGCUGAACCCCGCCCAGCUGGUGGGAGGGGAACAGACUUUGUUUGCCGUCACUCCUGACGGGAAGGUGUAUGCUACUGGAUAUGGUGCUGGCGGGCGCCUCGGAAUAGGCGGCAUAGAUUCAGUAUCCCAACCAACUCUAUUAGCUUCUAUUCAACAUGUGUUCAUUACCAAGGUGGCUUGCAAUUCUGGUGGCAAACAUUGUUUGGCUUUGUCAGCUGACGGUGACGUUUAUAGUUGGGGUGAAGGUGAAGACGGCAAACUAGGCCACGGGAAUCGAGUGAGCUACGAUCGUCCGAAGUUGAUAACAGCAUUAUCCGGUAUGGAAGUGGUGGCCAUAGCCUGUGGAGGAGCUCACUCGGCGUGUCUGACAGCUCGCGGCCGCAUAUUCACGUGGGGUAAAGGGCGGUAUGGACGCCUAGGGCAUGGGGACUCGGAGGACCAAUUAGUUCCUAAGAUGGUGGACGCCCUUUCAAUGUAUCGGGUCAUAGAUGUAGCGUGUGGUUCUGGCGACGCUCAAACUCUUUGCAUCACUGACGAUGACAACGUGUGGUCUUGGGGCGACGGAGAUUACGGGAAACUAGGUCGUGGAGGGUCAGAAGGAUGCAAAUUACCAAUGCGCAUAGACUGUCUCAAAGGGUUACGUGUUGUUAAAGUCGAAUGUGGAUCUCAAUUUUCUGUCGCCUUGUGCCAAUGUGGGAGCGUGUACACAUGGGGAAAAGGGGACUACCACAGAUUAGGACACGGCAGUUACGAACACGUGCGGAGACCAAUGCGUGUCACUGGUAUGCAAGGAAAGACAAUCGUGUCUAUAGCCACAGGGAGUCUACAUUGCGUCGCGUGUACGGAUACUGGCGAAGUUUAUACGUGGGGUGACAACGAUGAGGGACAACUCGGGGACGGCACUACGCUGGCAGCGCAGAGGCCGAGACUUCUGAUGGCUUUACAGGGUAAACGCGUAACGCGCGUGGCGUGCGGCAGUGCGCACACAGUGGCACUGUGCGUGGAAGCUGCGCGCGCACCGCGGCCCCCGCCCGCGGCCCCGCUCGAGUGCCAUCUGCUGCGGGAGCUGGCGCCGCAACUCGUCUGCAAUAGGCUGGUGUUGUUACAUCAAUUCUCGGAAUUGGUAUGUCCGAAGCUGCCGCUGUUGAUACUAGAUGGACCUCUGGAUCAACUCAGAACGUUGUUGUUUUACAGCGUCAAAGAAGCUGCUUUUAGAAAGGCAAUAAUGGCGACAAUGGUUCGCGAGCGCCAACACGGGCCGGUGGUGGAGCUAUCGCGGGUGGCGGCGCGGCGGGCGCGGCGCGGCGGCGCGGGGCUGGCGGGGGCGGCGGGCAUGCGCUCCGUGUUCGGUCAGAUGGUGGCGCGGCUGCCGGCGCUCACGCAGGACGCGCUGGCACUGCCCAACAGAGUGUGGAAGGUCAAGUUUGUUGGAGAGAGUGUGGACGACUGCGGCGGCGGCUACAGCGAGAGUAUAGCCGAGAUGUGCGAGGAGCUUCAGAACGGCUCUCUCCCAUUGCUAAUGGCGACGCCCAAUGGACGCGGCGACGCUGGUGCCUCGAGAGACGCAUUCUUAUUGAACCCCACUGCCAACACGCCUUUACAUCUCAAUUGCUUCAGAUUCUUGGGUGUCCUAAUGGGUAUAGCAAUCCGAACGGGUUCUCCUCUAUCUCUUUCACUCGCUGAAGGCGUGUGGAGACAACUGGCGGGUCAGCCUCUGAGGCCGCAAGACCUGGCCGAAGUGGACAAAGACUUCUUGCCCGCACUACUCUGUAUCAGAGACAUGACGCCCAGUAAUAAGGAGUUGCAAAAUUUGGAGUUGCCAUUCUCAAUACCGUCGGCAGCGGGGCACGAGGUUCCGUUGUCGACGCGACACAAACGUGUGACGCCGGACAAUAAGGAUGAAUACGUUCAACUAGCUUUACAUUACAGACUGCACGAGUUCGACGAGCAAGUUCGCGCGGUUCGCGAUGGCAUGUCGCGGGUUAUUCCCGCGCCUCUCAUCGCUCUGUUCAGCGCUUCGGAGCUGGAAACCCUGGUGUGCGGAUCGCCUGACAUUCCUGUCCACGCGCUGAGGGCCUCCGCUACUUACAAAGGAAUCGAACCCAACGCGCCCCUAGUGCAGUGGUUCUGGGAGGUGAUGGAGGAGCUAUCGGGCAGCGAGCGGGCGCUGUUCUUGCGGUUCGUGUGGGGCCGCACUCGGCUGCCGCGGGCGCCGCAGGACCCCAGGCAGCGGGACUUCGUGCUGCAGGUUUUGGACAAGUACCACCCACCUGACCACUUCUUGCCCGAGAGCUACACAUGUUUCUUCCUACUCAAGAUGCCGCGGUAUUCGUGCAAAUCAGUAUUACGAGAAAAAUUAAGAUACGCAAUUCACUUCUGCAAGAGUAUAGACACGGACGAGUACGCGCGCGUGGCCCUGAGCGCGGCGGAGCGAGUCUCCUCAGAAGAGUCUGACUCCGAAGCGGACGCCGCGCCUGCGCCCGCGCAACCCUCACUCUACGCCGUCACCAGGGCCCCUACGUGGCUUUAAUGUUACCUUACAUGUCGUCUGAAGUCGUCAGUCUUAUUGCUGUUUUAGACUCAAAAUAUCAUUGAUGAUGAAGGCUCCGGCCCGAUUGCUCCGUUGUCUGUUUUGAAGUCCGUCGGUGGAUUAAAGCAGGAUUGUAUCGAAUUUCCACGUAUGUCUAAACACGUCAAUGUCCUACGUCAAACCUAUGGCAACAACGGAGCGGCAACGCCCAAUGCAGUCGGAACUUUGAACUGGUUAAAUAUAGAUUAUUUGAACUCUAUUUGUUAAGUUCACAUAGUGCCGUUCCUAUAGUAAUUUAUAGUUCAUAACGUAGUCGCUAAAGAAUGAACGAAAGUAAGUAAAUAAACUAAGUUGAAAAAUAAUAAUAUGACGUCAAAAACAUCGACAACAAUAAUAAUAAUGAGAAAAUGCGUAAAAUGUGGACUUUGGCAAAAAAAAUUAAAAUAGGCAAGAUUUUAAGGACUGUAUUUUCGCGAUAAUUUGUAACGGAAUACUCGAUGUUAAUAAUGAAUUUCGGACUUCCUUAUAUUGUCGAAUCAAUAUAAGUUAACGUUAUUUGUGUGUCAAUUUCUAGCUCGGUUUCCUUUAUAGCAUUCCAUCCAUAGCUUAAUCGGUAUUUGAAUAAGUAAGCCACACCGUGAUAGAUUAAUUUGGCCUUUACGAAAAAUUGACAAUUUUGUUGAGACAUAAAAUAUACACGCAAAAAUGACAAUUUCACGUAGUAAAGCCAAAUACCAGGUAAAUAAGAAUUUAAAUAGCUUUUGUUUUGCAACGUAUCGUUAAAUCAGCUUAGCUCACGGUGGGCUCCUUCAAUUAUCCUCGAUAUUAAAUAAAUAAUAUGCCAAUAAAGUUUGGUGACAAUUAGUGAUUAAUAUUAACUAUACAACGACAAGGCAACACUGCCAACAUUCCAUUUUUGUCGUAUUCUCUUUUAACAAUGUCCGAACCGUUUUAAUGUUUAUGGAUGUAUGAAUACUCAUAACUUUAUAUUCAGUAUCAAUCAUCAAUCAUAUAUAAUAAAUCAAACCACAUUGGUUUCUGUCAAUAACAAAUUUUGAUAAGGUUUAUUUCAAAUUAAUAUAUCAAACAUAACUCAUUCAAACAAACAUUACAGUCGAACUUGCACGCUAUUCACAGUAAGUUUACAAAGUUUCUGUGUACCACGGGAUAUCAUCAAAAAAUGUCUUUCCUUAAAAGUGUUUAUGAAAAUAUAUAUAGAAGACUCAAUUUUAAAAUGUUAUAUAUCGUAUGCAAGCGUACGUACAUAGAUAUUAUGUCUGCUAAAAUUAUGUUGCUUUUGUUCGUAGAUAUUAACGGUUAGGUUGAUAUUUGAAGGUGAAUAGGAGCUUGCAGUGACUGUGAUUGUUGCGGUUGAAGAAGGUUGUCUUAGAAUUCGCCGAAAUUGACCAUGUGUGGCUCUUUCACGUUGUUUAGUACACACAGAGAUGAGUGUUUUUAGCAGGUUGAAGCCGAAGCGAAGGUGCAUUCCAAAAUAAAUUCAAUUCGGUUUACUUUGGUCAAAGCCGGCUGAUGCCGUUCUUCGGCCGGAACUAUAAUUGUUUUGUAUGAUCAAUACACUAUACCUAUUUUCAAUGAAGGACCUUGUUCUGGGACAUCUAGAAAUAUUUGUAACUGGUCAAUAAGAAUGUACCGUUAGAUAGGUUUUGUACUAAUGUUGAAUUUUACAGAACAAAUGAAGAACUAGUCAUGUUAAUGUUGCAAUCCGCUGGUAUUUUGGACUUGAUAGUUAAGGAUAUUUAAAAGUUCACGUUCUUUCAAAAGUAUUAAAGAAAUUAAUUGUAUUAAUGUUAGCAAAAAUGCGUCUUUCUAUUUUCAAAUCUGCUAAGUCCACAAAAGAAUGCAAUACUGUUACGGGAAUCACUUUUAAUUUAGAUUCCCAUACACUUUGAAAUUAAAAUUAAUAUUGGGACGCAUUUCUUUCGCAAUAUUUGUUUGUUAGUAAGAAAUACACUACGAAUAGAUCUCGCUUUGCUACAUUCAUAAUUUUGUCUUUUUGGUGCUAGUGCUUCACGAUUAGUAUUAAAUUUUGUACUGGAAAUUAGUGGUAAAGCACAAAAUAAUCGAUGUCACGUUAGUAGGUACUAUGUAACUGUACUUUGGCUUCAUUUUACAUCACUAGAAUUUAGAAACUUCUUAACCCCCGGCCACACUAUGCAAUGUCGUAAUAUACCUCAAUGAACUACCUAAUACUUUUAUUAUUCAACAAGGUUGAGUUUAAAGCUUGCCUAAUCUAUUAGUUAAAUCGCUCAUGAGAUAUUGAAUCUUGUUUAGGCUAGGUAAAGAUUCACCAUCAACGAAAAGGUCUUGAGUGAAUAUACGGCAUAUUAUAGUGUAGCCUAAAAUAUAUAUAGUUAAAGGGUAAGAUGUAUCUAUUGAACAUUUGAUGGGUUUGUCUUCUAUUAUUUAAAUUUCCCAAGUGAAAUUACCCGUGGUUAAUGAUAUUUUUCAAUGGAUACAUAUAUGCCUUGUGAAGCUAUAUUUUUCCCAAAAUAAACUAUUCUUGUAACACCAAAGAGUAAUCUGAUAAGAAAAGAACAACUAUUUUCUUAAGACUUUUUUGUCUUACAAUUGAUCUGAAUAUUUCUGUGUUAUGAUUUGUUCAAUGCAGCAUUAUGUUUAUUUUAUACAAGCCUAUAAGUAUAAUAAAUAUUUAUUUCAA